AUGGCCUUUCACCAUUACCAUCAUCAUCGUCUUCUCAUGUUUUCAACCGUCAUCCUAUUUUUAUCCCAAGCACCACUAUCAACAAGCUGGUUUCUCUUUUCGCCCAAACAAGAAACUCACUCGGGCACGAACGACGCGAUGAUGUCUGGAAAAGCCUUUUCAGAAUUCUCCAUGGAAGCCCUCCACGACCCAAACGGCGUACAGCUCAUCGGUAAGGCGAAGAUCAAAAUGCAAGGUCCAGACUCGUGCUGGCAGGCCGCCUACGAAAAUGUGUUCGGAGAUGAAGACAAAAUUUUUCUCAAGUACUUUCUCGAGACCACCUCCAUUUGUCACCAGCUGCAGUCGGACGCAUUUAAGCGUCAAACAGAGAGACUGGUAAAUGAACUAAAGAGUACAGCUGAAUAUGCUGAGGUCAAAUUGGAGAAGAUAGAAGAACAAGGGGAGCUACUACUCCAGAACUCGAAACACGUGCAUGAAUCCUUGGCCUCGAUAGAUUUACAAACUCAGCAAGUUGCAAAAACAUCGAGGGUGGUCGAGGAUCGUGUUAGCUCGGUUUUGAAAUAUUCCGAAAAAAUUCACGAGCAGUCUAAGGGGAUCGAGGAUUCUCAAGUCGAGCUGAGGGAAGGCCAGGUGAAAAUGAAGGAAAGUUUGGUAGAAGGCAUGGUGCUUCUCGAGAACUCCUAUAAAAGUUUGGGGGUGGAAAUAGUAAAUAUGAGAAAUGAAGCGGCUGAAAUCGAGAAGGAGAUUGGGAAAGUUGGGGAUGCUAUGUCUUUGAAGAUGAGUGUUUUGUCGAGCAAGGCAGAUGAUAUUGGGGAUAUUGCAGGGACAUCCUUGGACAAACAAAAGCAGCUUUUGGAUGGGCAGUCAGUUGCUCUUGAGGGCCUCAAUUUUCUCACCAAGUUUCAGUCCCAGGCCCUUGAAGAGAGCAGGGAAACUCUGCAGAGGUUAGCUGAAUUUGGUCACAAACAGCAAGAGGAACUACUGCAAAAGCAAAAACAGCUCCAUCAGUCUCAUGAUCAGUUAGUGGAAAACUCAAAACUAAUAAUAGCAGCACAGGAAGCAUUUGAAUCCAAGCAAGCAAGCAUGUUUCUUGCCAUAGACAAGCUAUUUUCCCUACACAGUGCCAUGCUAUUCGAGUCUCGAGUGAUCAUCACUUUUUUUGUCUACUCUAUAGCAAUUUUUAUCAUCUACAUGCUGACCAGCAUAAAGCAAGCGUACAACGUGAGACACAGACUCUACUUAGGUCUGUGCGUGGCAUUUUUUAUUGAAGUAAUUAUACUGUGGUAUAUAACAACUGAAGCUGAAAGGCAAGGGAGGAUAAUUCAUGCAGUUAGAUCACUCUUUUGGUUUCUCGCGUCCGUCCAAUAUCUGUAUGCCAUUUUUACCUACAGGGAUUAUGAAGUGCUUAACCAUCAAAUGCUACUGACACUGAUGGAGAAAGUGAAUAUAAUGCAAAGUGGGAAAGGGCUAUUGUCAUGGGACGACAUGGAUGCUGACAGCGAAGUAAACUGGUCUUCAUGGGUCGAUACUGAGUUACCUGAAGAGUACAUGAAGAGGGACUCCCAGAAACGGGCUUUUUUUCAAGAACCCAAUCUCCACGGACACAUAGAUCGACUCAGGAACCCGGCCCGCGUCCUCAACCCGAUGGCUUCGUCCAGCUGGCCGGAGGCAGCGAAUAGAGUGAUGAACUGA